AUGUACAGCCCCUCAUCUUCUGGUCCACCAGACCCAAAAGAUGUAUCCAUGGUAGAUGUAUCUACUGCAUCUCAACAAGAUUCCCAAACACAAGCUCCGACUAAUUCUCUCUCAGGUCAACCACCUCAGCCAGUACAAGAUGAUCAAACUCAUGAUGAACAUACACUUCCACCAAGAAGAAAAUCAACAAUCAUUUUGACAGAUGAUAUAGACUUGGAUAAAAUGAAUAUAGAUAACAAAAACAAUGGAAACAGUGAUCACACAGAUUUGGAUGGUAGUGAUCAGAUGCAUAUUGACCCAUCAUCGGUUCAACUUAAUCAACAGGCCCAACAACAACAAGCGGCACAACUGCAAAACCAACAACAACAACAGCAACCUCAGCCAGCUGUCCCAGACCCAAAUAUUGCCGUUCCAGUCGAUAUCAAAUGGGUUCAAGGUGGUGAAAAGGUAUAUGUAACAGGAUCUUUCACGGGAUGGAGAAAGAUGAUUGGUUUAGCAAAACAACCAGAUAAUACUUUCUUAAUCACAUUAGGAUUACCAGUCGGAACUCACAGGUUUAGAUUUGUGAUCGAUAAUGAGUUAAGAUUUUCUGAUUUCUUACCUACAGCUACAGAUCAAAUGGGUAAUUUUGUUAAUUAUGUUGAAGUUACUCCGGAACAUAUUCAGGCUCAUUUACAGCAACAACAAGAACAGGGCCAACAAGGUCAACAAUUGCAACAAUUACAACCACUGCAACCAUCUACUGAAGAUCAAUCUCAAUCUCAACCUCAAUCUCGUAAAUCUUCGGUAUCUGGAGCUAGAAGAGUAGAUUCAGCUUGGGGAUUAACCAAUGAUGAUGACGAUAUGGGGAAUGGAUAUUCGAGAUAUCAUGAAGAAGAUGAAGAAAAUCCCUUGAAUAGAAGAAAUUUGCAGUAUAUUAAUGAUAUACCACCAAUAUUUACCGAUCCAAAAGUUAUGGAACAAUAUUAUAUGGCAAUUGAUAAGCAAUCAAAAAGUUCAAAUGGUCAACAACAAGCAUGGUUACAUCCUCCACAAUUACCACCUCAUUUAGAAAAUGUUAUAUUAAACAAUUAUAAUUCAUUAGAUAGAGAUAAUAAUGGUGGAGCAUUACCUAUUCCAAAUCAUGUUGUUCUUAAUCAUUUAACUACAACUUCUAUAAAAAAUCAUACAUUGGCAGUGGCUUCAAUAGUUAGAUAUAAGAGAAAAUAUGUAACACAAGUGUUAUAUGCUCCUCUACCUCAAUUGACUUAG